AUGGAUCCACCACCACUUUGUCUUAAUAAUUGCAGUUCUGCUAUAGACAAAUUCUUGUGUCCAAAAUGUUCUGAUGAUUGUCUCACUCUAUCAGAAAUUGAAGGUCUUAUUCUUGGGUCAUCUCCUUCUCAAAACUCAAGUAUUUUAGAAAUUGAUUCCAUUACUGUCACAGACACUACUGGCAAGAAGAAUAACAAUAGGUGCAAGACUUGCAACAAAAGAAUUGGAUUAACAGGAUUCGAGUGUCGUUGUGGUGAUGUAUUUUGUGGAAGGCAUAGGUAUCCAGAAACACACUCUUGUAAUGUUGAUCUGAAAAGCAUUGGUCGUCAAAUUUUGGCUAAACAAAAUCCAAAAUGUGUCCUAAAUAAACUAGAAUUUAGGGUAUAG